AUGAGUGAAGAGCAGAACGAUCCCAUCCGAUACAAGCCCGGAAAGGGCGGAGGCUUCGAGCGCACCGAGGCUCAAUUCCGCAACUUCAUUUCGAAAGAUGCCAACUCCAAGUUCCCAGCCGAGAAAGGUCGCUAUGCACUUUACGUCAGCCCGGGAUGUCCAUGGUGCCACCGUGUCAUGAUCGUCCGCGCUCUCAAACGCCUCGAGGACGUCGUGGACCUCUACAUCGCCGACAUGGGCAUGGGCAAAGAUGGCUGGCACUUCACAGACAGCCCCGAGGCAGCCAAGCUCGGCGUCCUCCCUCGAGACCCGGUCUACGGCUUCAAGACCAUCAGGGAGCUCUACCUCAAAGCGAGCCCGGGCUACGACGGCCGCGUCACGGUGCCCGUGCUCUGGGACAAGACGGCGCACACUCUUGUCAGCAACGAGUCCAGCGAGAUCAUCCGCAUGCUGUACACCGAGUUUGACCAUCUCCUUCCCGAGGCGGAUCGCGAAGCGAGCAGACCGGGCGGGGGGCUGUAUCCGGAGGCGAAGCGUAAGGAGAUUGAUGAGAUUAAUGAGUGGGUAUAUCACACGGUCAACAACGGCGUAUACAAGAGCGGGUUUGCCUUUACGCAGUCCGCGUACGAAGAAAACGUCGACAGCUUGUUCAAGUCUCUGGAUCGUCUGGAGGAUAUUCUCAAGGACCGGCCUUUCCUUACCGGAGACCACAUUACCGAAGCCGACGUUCGUUUGUUCCCGACCAUUGCUCGGUUUGACGUCGCCUACGUGCCGAUCUUUAUGUGCAACCUCGGCACGAUCCGGAACGAUUACCCGAAUCUGCAUCUUUGGUUUAGGAGGCUGUACUGGGAUCAGAGCGAAAAGACGCACGGCUCCUUUUUCAGCACGACGGAGACGUGGGUUUCGAAGUUUAAGGAGGGGUACGGCAAUGGAAGGACGAGGGUCUUGGGCAUCACUGGGCCGCUUGUCAUUCCGAAGGGUCCUCGCGUCCUGGUCCACGAGCUGAAGGAUGAGGAGAAGUUGGAGGAAUGA